AUGAGCUCAUGCGUUGGGGUCGUUGGCGGCGCGGGGUCGUAUAAAAGUGACCGGACUGCUCUGAGACUUUCAGCACAAGAGCACAUCCGCAAAAUCACAAUGGACCGAAAGACCAACGACAUCCCCGCGACCACCGUGUCAAGCGACGCCGCCCCCUCCUUCGGAACUAGGAUCAAGGGUGUAGCGGAGGUAAUACACGGCGCGAGUGAGAAUUUACGUGGAACGAUGCUCGGGGCCGUGGAUACCGUUGGAAGCCACGGAGGAUACUCGAAGAACGACGAGAUAGCCAGGCAAGGAAGACUGGAGUUGGAGCGUGGGCUUGCCCACGUCAAGGGAAAGCCAGCAAUUCAAACGGCAGGAGGGACGACGUAUGACGCUCCAGCAGCCUCCGCAGGCAGGGCAGUGCCUUCUCAUGGAAGAACGGACGCUGCACCAAAUAGCUCUGAGUAUUCCCAUCCAAAUUUCGCCGCUGAUAAGGCUCGCGAGACUGGACUGGGUUCCGGAUCUGCGAUGAGGCAAAGCGGAACAACAGAACAAGGCGCGUAUGGCCUUGGAGCUAGCGGUCAUACAGGCGAGGCGUUCUAUGAGAGCAAGCAUCCAGAAGGUCGUGUUAGCGGCAAGAAUCCUCACGUUCCGGGAGGAAUUUCUAGCGACCACCCGUCGCUGCGAGAGGUCGGUGCCGCCAACCAGGAGAUUCCAACGGGUGCGCCUGAGCCUCAGUCAACGUACCCAGCACAUCAUCGGGACGAUGCGAUCACUGGGGUCUCACAAGGCCAGUUAAACGAGCUCAAAGAAACUAAUCCAGAGCACCUGCCCAUUCUGGAGACCGGAGAAGUCAACACUAAUCAGCCACAGGCUUACGGCACCAGCGGUCGAAGCUUUCUGCCGGGUGAAGUGAAAAAAGGUCAGGACUUUGCUACGGCAAUGACUGAGACCGUUUCUGGAGAUACUCUCCCGAAGCAAGGGAGUAAUGGCGUGGAGUUUGGAACCCGUCCAGCGAACUGA